AUGGGAUGUGGACUCAGUGCGGCAACAGAUCAUGCAGUCGCUGUGGCGUCACGCCGGGUUGAGAAAGAUCAGGUGGUUGAGAAGGCAGUGCAAAAAGCCGUAAAGGCGGCAGUGGCCGAGCUGCAAGAUGUGGAGAUCAGCCUCCAUGUGCAGUCGCCUACGCGGAGAAUACACGGUCUCGGGGACGAGGACGGGACUCCAAACCGUGGGACUCCCGUUACUGCGCUCAGCCCUGUCAGCCCACUGAGCCUGGUGUCAUCAUCGGGAGAGGCCGGUCAUUUGGCCAGACGCUUUGCGGCCGCAGGCUUGCGGCGUGGACGGGCUGCGGACCCCUGCGGAGCUGUUAGCAUCGCGGAAGCAAAGGCGGUGCUUGUCACGGAGGAAGGUUGGGGCCGCGUCUUCUACUAUCCCUUCGAUUCUGUCGAGGCGGCUAGAGAGGUUUUUGAAGCGUGGCAGCACACGGCACGCAUCCUCUACCACUUUGAUCCGACGAUCGGGCUUUUGAUCAAGGAGGCCGAUGUGAAUGGAGGUGCCUCCCUGGGGCUUUCGAUUCCUACGAUCCGGACUGACUACCACAAUGCUCUGAAGCUAGGUUAUGACAUUGAAAGACUCUGCUGGCCCGAGUGGCUACUUGCAGAGGAGCAGGUGGCCAAGCUGUUGCCGCAGCGUGUGGUGGCUCCGGGCACGACCUUGGGCCAUGUCGGCGCAGAAUCAUCCAGGUGGCUUGGGCUGCCCGAGUCGUGCCGGGUCCUCGCUGGCACGACGGAUUCCAUAGCAGCCUUCCUAGCUGCUGGCACGACGCAGGUUGGUGAAGCCGUCACAUCACUUGGUUCCACCAUGGCCAUCAAGAUGCGAAGCCUGGUUCGCGUGGAGGAUGCGGCCUUCGGGGCUGGGAGCUUUCCUUGGGGCGAGCAGAGCGGUCGCAGCACUGCUUGCGAGCUCAAGCCCGGCAAGGUCUACAGCCACCGUCUAGGGCGUUGCGAGGAGCAACUUCAGACCCAGGCCUUCAUGCGCACAUUCUUGGAACUGCUUCAGGUCCUGUGCACGCACUUCUCCUCUGUGGAGUUUCUGGAGCCUACGAUUCCGAAGCCACCCCUGGGGACUUCCACCCUCCAGAGCCCGUACUGCUGGCUCCUCGCGGGCACGGUGGUCCUUUGCGUGCUGGUGCUGGUCGCUUGCGACCUGUGGUUUUCCUCCGAUGCGGCAUGGGGUCUUCGGCUCACGGCGUCGAUGCUAGCGGCCGUCGUUGUGCGUCUUUGUGUCGCUGGCCUUGUGCACCGUGCCCUGCAAGAUGGGAAGCACGUUGUUCACAAUGCCAUCCGAGACUUUGAACCGGACUUGCUUCUGGGCUUCUCCUGGGGCGGUGGCUUGAUCAUGUGGCUGCUGGCGGAAGGGGAUUGGAGUGGACCAACCGUGUCUUGGCACAACAUAGCGGCCGUUCCGAAGCUCCAAGCGAAUGGAGGUGACUCCCUGCUUUGCCUCGAGAGAAGCACACAAGCGCUCCAGGAUGCUUUCGACAGCUUCUGGGAGACUCGACAGGAGACCGGGAAGAAGGCUUGGGCAAGGAUGCAUACCUCGCUGCUGGCAAACCCACAUUCCAGCUUCGCGCACGGCAACCUCCCUUUGAAGCAUCUGCAGGCCAUUGAAGGCCUUCGCUUGAGCUUGGUUGAUGCGCAGAUGCUCUGGCUAAGAAUGCCUUGUGCCGAGCUUCCUGGCGCAGACUCUGCCGAAGAGGAAAAAGGGACGAGCAUGGACGAGCUGAGGUUGGAGGAGCUUCCAACACUGGAGGGGUGGUCCUUCGCUGGCAUGCCGCUUCAUGUCCAGAUCUUUGCUCCAGCCCUGAAGCAGCUGAGUGACGAAAUUGAUGCUGAAGCUGAUUCAGGCAGCCGUGUGCACCAGCAUGGCGCGGAUCGAGGCCUGGAGUUUGAAGUGAUCACGGAAGUGUUGGCCGCUGGAUAUGGAAAGCUUGCCGAGCUCGGGGCAGGGGACGUUUGUCGUGCCAAGGGCCUGGAAGAGUUGGGUGACAAAGAUGCAGGAGUCAACUUUCAUGGUCAGGUCGUCACCGCCGGCGGUGGCGCGAAAAAUGCAAAGUGGCGGCCUGCGGAAGCGCGCUGCUCGCUCUUCGAGGCGAGGCUCAGCUACGAGCGGAGCCAAGGUGGGCCUGGCGAGCUUCUGAAGCGAGUUCAGGGGCUGCCGAAGCCAUGCGAAUAUCUGGCAGAGGAUGUUGCUUGUUACAGUAGCUCAAGUUGGCAGCUGCCGCUGCCCGAUGGUCCAUGCGCUUGUUCUGGCUCCACACUCCCGCCAUCUCCCGUCUUUCCCUGCAGCCGUAGCUGCCGCCCUCGCUGCGUCCUUGGACCCAUGGCCGUGGCCGAUGAGGAGCCAGCAGCCAAGCGGCGGAAGGUCGGGAGUUGCGAGACGCGAGUAGCCGAGUCGAAGACUUCUUUGAAGCUGCUGAUGGGAGGCCUUGGCAAGGCUCGACUCUCAGGACCCCAGGGGCACUCCCCGGAUCAGUUAGGGCGCAUGUUCGCGACACUCAGCGUCUUGCGAACUUUCGUAGGUCACCACUCUCGGGCAGAGCUUCUAAGUAGCUUUCUGUCGCCGGAGGGCUCCGAGGUCUUCAAGCUGGCAUCGGACCGGGGAUUCUUGGCCUACACCGGCCUGUACAACGAUCAGAGGCUCAGCAUCGUAUCCAUCGGCAUGGGCUUGUCCAUGAUGGACUUCUUCGUGCGAGAAGCGCGUGCCAUUGUGAAAGGGCCCAUGGCUAUCGUCCGGCUUGGCACUUGCGGCUGCCUCCAGGAAUGGGUGAAGGUGGGGUGCGUGAGCGUCGCCUCCGCAGGAUCUGCGCUGGUGCAGCGGAACUACAGUCACUUCGAUGCGCCGGAGGCGCAUGCCGGCUCCGAGCCGUACUUGAUCUCAGACCUCUGCAUGCCGGAUGCUGAACUCACUGCGCUCGUCGCCAGCUCUUUGCAAGAAGCUUUGGGGGCGCAGAAGGUGGUCGAGGGCAUCAACAUCACAGCUGAUUCGUUUUACUCAUCGCAGGGUCGCGCAGACCCUGCUUUCACGGACGAGCACCCUGGCGACGACAAUGCGUCUCGCUGUUUGAGGGCAUGGAAGUGCAGACACCCACACACGCGCACACACACACACGCACACACGCACACACGCACACCCAAGCACACGCUGACACACGAACGAUGA